AUGUCCACUGUACAGGCACCAUUGCUAUGGGUGCCCCUCAAAACAACUUCGGAUGUCUCUUACGCCCCAUCUAUCCGCCAGACGAUCAUGCAGACCUACCAGGAAUCAGCCGAUAGUUACAAAGAAGAAAUCGUCGCUCUCGAUCGGUGUCGGCAAGAUGCGCUCAGAGGUAGUGCAGGGAGUGACAUAACUGGUCGGGAUUUACUUUAUAAGUACUUUGGUCAGCUAGAGCUUCUCGAGCUCCGAUUCCCUGAGGUCCGAGUCCCAUUCCCUUGGAAGGAUGCUUUCACCGGCAAAGAAAUAUCACAGCUAUCACUUGCUUACGAAAAGGCAUCUGUCAUCUUCAAUAUUGCAGCCACCCUCUCCUCUUUGGCUGCACAGCAGAAUCGUACAUCGACAGAAGGAAUCCGCCGAGCUUUUCACAACUUCAGAUGCGCUGCUGGGAUGUUUACCUACAUCAAUGAUAACUUUCUACAUGCCCCUUCAACCGAUCUCAGCCGAGAAGUCGUCAAAGUCCUCGUUCAAUUGAUGAUUGCCCAAGCCACCGAAGUUUUCGUCGAGCGAAUGACAGAGGAGAAAGAGAAGAAGCCCUUUGGAUUGAGAGCCCGAGUCAGUACUCAAGCUGCUUUCCUCUACGGCGGUAUUAUUGAAGACGUGAAAGAACUGGUCAACAAAGGGAUUUUCGAACGCAGCUGGACUUGGCUGGUUCAAUGCAAGAACAAAUACUUCAUCUCAUUGGCUCAGUACCAGCGAUCUUUGGCCGAUUCAGCUUCCUCUAAACAUGGCGAUGCGCUGGCUCGACUUCAAAUCGCCGAAACAGCUGCUAAAGAAGCCUCGCGAUACGCAACUUCAUUUUCCACUUCAUUUACGUCUGCUGGCAGCGCAGGUUCAGCCACUCUUCCCUCGGACGCAGCGGCAUCAUUGCUGGAACUCACACGAACGCAUUUGACACUUUGUAAUGAAGCAAAGGUUUCAGAACAGCGAGAUAACGAUUUGAUCUAUCAUGAAGCCUUGCCCUCAGAAGCGGCUCUACCCCCAAUAGAGAAAAGUAGCGUCGGCGACCCCAUUGCAAUUCAGGAAGUCUAUGGAGCACCGGAGGUUCAAAAAGUUGUGGGCCAAGACAUUUUUGUUCGCCUUGUACCACUAAGUGUUCAUCAAAGUUCAAGCCUUUACAGCGAGGAAAAAGCGAAGCUCAUUCGAACCGAAGGAGAAAGGUGUGAAACAGCUGAUACGGAACUCGUCACUGCCCUCGAAUACGCCGGUUUGCCCACAGGCUUAGAUAAAUUUAGCGACUUCGUCAACAAUGGAUCGGCGCGCCUGUGUGAGAUGACCGAACCUCCCUCCCAAGUUCUCGAAUGGGCAGAAGCUGUUCAACAAGCCAAGGGAGUCAGGCCGAUCGAAAAGAUGUGGGAGGAGUUAACUGGUCUGCGUAACAAAGUCCACCAGGAUCUCGACAGUAUCGAACAAAAGCUUGACACCGACGCUCGGGAUUGUGAGCAAUUGCGCGUAAAAUAUGAUCACCUGUGGGAACAGCAGCCCUCUUCCAACUUUACCAAAGCAUGGAGGCACAGCUUGAAAUCCCAUCGAGAAGCACUUGAAGCCGCCAAGAAGUCCGAUCAGCAAAUCGAUGAGAUUUGGCAAUCGGCCAAGACGGACCUUGAAACUCUAGCUGAUCCGACUCGGGAAUCGGUGCGCCGCUUGUUUUCAGAAAACCUUCAGCUUAACAGCAACACGAAUACCAACAAUCUCCUCGAUGUGCUCGACAAUAACGACGAUGAAUCCGAAAUGUCACAAAUGAAAAACAUGGUAACAUCAAUUCAAGAAAAUAUCAGUCGGCUGCAAGCCAUUAAGAAGGAACGAAACGGAGUUCUGCAAGACCUGAAGGAACGCAUUCAAGCCGAUGACAUCUCGCAACUUUUGAUUCUUAAUCGGAAGGCUCAAAACAUCGAGCCCGCGUUAUUCGCCGCUGAGCUCGAAAAAUUCCAGGCUCAUUCUAGUCGGAUCAGCGCUACAAUACACCUGCAAGCAACGGUCAUCCAAGAGUUGACAGCCCAUCACAAAUCUUUGAUCGACAGCAAACGAGGCAAAGAUGUGCAGGAGCGAUGGACGAACGCAUCGAAAAGAAUGACACAAGCCACGAAUCGGUUGCAAGCAGCGUAUCAGUCUCAUGAAGAAAUCCGGUCAGCACUACUAAAAGGAAUUCACUUCUACCGCGAAACUCAAACAGCUGUUAUUGAUAUCCAGAGACAAGUUGAAAGUUUCAUCAGUAAUCGGGUAGCUGAGCGAAUGCGUAUGACCACUCAGGCCGAAGCUAAAUCAGAAUGGAAAGAUACCAAUCGUGGAGAGGCACACAAUCUGGAGCAUCAAAUGGCCAGAAUGAACUUGGCCAAUUCUUCAUCUCCCUCUUCCAUGUUGGGUCCUGUUCCUCCGCCUCUUCCACCUCAGCCUCGAACUUGGCAACAGCCGGUCAACCCUACUCCCGCUGGGCCUCCCUAUCAGAACUUUUCCUCUUACCCUGCCGGCUCGGAUCGGACACCAGCUCCAACAACUCAAAGUCAUUACUCCUCCCCUUCACCAGCAACCAUCGAUCCAUAUGCAUCGUUGGGGUCUUUCGGCUCGACCAAUCCCCCCACAAUCCCCCUAUCACAGAACCUUCCUGGUCAGGCCCACCCCCCAAUUUCUCAUCAGUAUUCCGGGCAGGCCCACCCCUCAAUCCCUCAGCAGUAUUCCAGUCAAGCUCCCCCUCCCCCUCCGGCUCCACAUCAGCGUCCUGCUCAGUUUCAUCCUCAACAUAACGCCUUCCCAGCUAACGCCCAAUACGAACCCCUCGCUGCAUCGACUGGCCAACCCAAGCCUGCUUUGCCGCCACCACCCCCUCCCGUAACAUACCAAUCUGCUGUAGCACAAGCCCAGAACGCCAACUCGUCCUGGAGCCCCUCUCCCCAACCUCCUGGAGCCCAUCACCAUCACGCUCAACAUCCUGGUCCCCCACCCAAUGCGCCACCGAUGCAUUACCCUUCUGCUCCUUCUUACCAUCACAACAGUACCGUACACACUUAUAACCAGCACUCCCGGAGUGAUGCAGCAUCUCCCCAGGUUCACCACAUCUCCGCUCCGAACACCCAGCCCUAUCAUGAUCCUAGGAAUGGUAUGGCCUACGGCUCUCUAACUCAAAACCCUCAACCGCCGCCGAAGCCCGAUGCGACUUAUCCAAAUCAUGGCGGAUGGCAACAGGCCCAACAACACCCUCAUUCGUACACUGCCCCUUCUCACAAUCCUUACUACCCCAACCCUGCUCCACCGCAACCACCACCUGGACCGAGGUAUCAAUAG